CUUGAGCUAAUCCUACGCUAAUUUUCUGGCUCAAGAGCAGUCGCAUUUUUAUUCUAAUCGGGAGAAAGAAGUGCAUACGAAUGUGCGAAAUAAUUGCCAAUUGCGAAGUGAAUAAUGUUUAAUAAAUCGGCGUUAUUAUAAAUCUUUUGUUUCUAUAUCGUCUAUUUGUUUCGAGCUGUACAAAUGCUUGAAAAUUCAGCUUCUUACUUCUAUCGCCGUGUUUAUAAUUCGGUGUAACUAGUGUUUCCGGCGCGUUUACUAUUUACGGAAUUCUAAAUGUUUAAGAUGCUAAUCGAUUUUAAAUGAUCAACAAACAAGUUUUAUUUUUAUAUUUGAUGUAAAUCUGUGAUUAUGUUCGAGCAACGUUCCAUUAUUGUCUGCUGGUUGAUACUUUGUUUCUACUCGCUGUAUACGUCUUCUGAAGAAUCACUACCACUUCCUCAAAUACUCGAAGGUAGAGGAAAUAACUACACAACUUGCAGCAAUGUGUCUUUAACGUGUCUGAUACCUCCUCAAAUCAACCCUGAAGACCUUAUUGUUCAUUGGUUAGUGAACAAUGAAACAACCACAUUUGAUAACACCAGAAUUCUGGAAGAAUCGGGCAAGGAAUGUAAAUCGUCGCCAUCGUCAUUAUGCUUCGUUUUGAGUAUAAAAUGUGUAAAUAAAACCGAUUCUGCGAAUUAUUCGUGUCAUGCGAGGAGUUCAGAUGAUAAGAUCUACGCGUCUAAUUCAUUCGCAUUGAACGUUCAGGAGCCAAUUAGAUUGGUGAACAGCUCGGGAGAUUUGAGGAUUAAGCCGGAUACGAGUACCGUCGCCGAAUUCUGGUGCGAAUUCAGCGGACCUGGCGAAUAUCAGGUGACUUGGAGUCGACGAGAGGGCAACGAUUUGCUCAGUUUACGACCAAGUGAUUACUCGCAGAAAAAACUAGAUAAUGGAAACGUUAAUUCAACACUAACGUGGCGAGAUUUUCAAUACAAAAAAGUGGCCUUUUUUUGCUCCGUGGAAAAUGGACCUAAAAAGGAAAAUAUUCUAUAUGUUCUGAGCGCACCUAGUAUAACCCUAAAGAAAGUAAUACCCACAGGCGCAAAAACCGUGUUCAUGAAUUGGACGAUUGACGAUGGUAAUUCAAAUAUCACCGAAUACUGGGUUCAGAUGAAAAAAGUUGUCGGUACUGAUCCCGGAUCAUGGACUUAUUACGGAGAACAAAUUAACGGAGAAAAAAAUAGUUGUAUCAUUAAAAAUUUAGAGCCAAAUACGACCUAUCAAUUUAAAAUACAAGUUAGAAGUUUACUCGGUUCCGGAGAGGAUGCCAGUGUUAAUGUUACCACGUUCGAUAAUGAUAACAAAUUUACUCCGGAUGUGACCAUCAAAGGGACCGGACCUCAUUCUAUAAAUAUCGGUUGGGUUAUCCCUCAAAAUGAGAUGAAGAAAGAUGUGCAUUUUUAUAAAGUUCUGAUGAAAAAUAAAUUCGAUAAAAAUGAAGAAACAGCCGUGUAUUCGGAUUUCAGUUACGUAUUCACGAAUCUCGAUAGUGCCACCAAUUAUUCCUUUCAAGUGAUGGCCUGUAAUAAGUACACCAACGAAUGCGGCGAUUGGUCCAAGCUGGUGGUUGGAACCACGAUGGAUGGUGAGGCGGGUCCUCCAGAAAAUGUAAUGCUGAAUUGUACCUACGAUAUAGAGUCUAUGCAAGGAAAAGUGUUUGUAAAUUGGACGCAGCCGACAAACCCGAAUGGAGAAAUUGAUCGUUACAACAUCGUGUUACAAGGCGCUGCGAAAUACAUAAACGAAAACGGUACCUCAGACAGUUACACCUAUGGUCCUAAACAGAAACACGUCAAAACCGAUCAGAAAAGCACCCAGUUUGAAAAUCUAAAUCCGAAUACAAAUUACACGGUUUCAGUAUCAGCAGUGACCAGAUCCAGAGGUUCGGGUAUUCCAGCAGCUCGUGAUUGCUUCAUGUCACCUGCUCCACCGAGUGAUUUGGCGUUCCAGUGGUCCAAGAUGGAAGAAAAAGGACAAUGGUACUUUAAACUCAAUAUGGGAAAUAUAAACCAGAGAAAUGGAGUUAUAUGUUGUGUCAGAGUAUUUGUGGUGAAAUUGAAACCUCAACAACGUAUUGAAGAAUUGGGUGAUCCUCGAAGUAUACCCGUGUAUUCGUACCAAUACGUUCAUAAUAUUCUCGAAGGCGGACAUGCCGCUUAUAUCGCCGAUAUUACCGAUAAUAAAACACUCGUACAAAAACACAUCGUAUUAGGUGACCAAAAAUUCACCGGCAAUUAUAGUAAUGCGACGUGUAGCAAGUGUCCGUAUACGCCGCCGAAAUUAUCAAUUGUUCCUGAACCGACAGCUAUUCCUGCCAAGCAAGAUACAUCCACGCAGUCGAUAAAUUUGACCGAAGAUUCUAAUUAUCUGAAUGAGAAAUUUGUCGCUGAAGAUGCAGGAGCCGAGGCCAAAAGUGCUACCCCUUACGAUGGCACAUUGGAUAGAAACAGCAAUUAUACCGGAUUCGUUUUAGUCACCGUGCAUGGUGAUGGCCAGUUUAUCCCGGGCUAUAGCCCUUACUUCAGCAUUUUACAACCGGGUCCUGAUCUUUCAGAAGAAUCCGAUGACGCUGCGGCCAUAUUACUGCAGAAUAUCUCUUUUCAGAUUCUAUGCGGAAUGAUUGUAAUAUCGAUAAUGAUGCUGGCUGCGUUCUGUCUGCUGCAACAUUACACCAAGCAAGUGGCCGAAGCUCAAGGUGUUGAAAUGACGCUACGAAAUUCGUUCAGUAUCAUAUUUUCUAGACGCUGGUGCCGCUCUUUACGUGGUAGCCAUAUGCCAGUUUUGUCAAGUCCGCCGGAAGUGCUACCUAUUUCCAAGACCGCCUUGUUGGCCGCGUUUGCCGAACUGGCCAAGGAUUCGGAUUAUGGAUUCGAACAAGAAUUUGAGAUGCUGCCAGACCGAUUCACCGAUCGUACCACGAAAGCAUCGGAGGCUCGUGAAAACACUUGUAAAAAUCGAUACCCCGAUAUCAAGGCAUACGAUCAAACGAGAGUGAAAUUAUCGCAAAUCGACGGUAUCAUCGGAUCAGACUAUAUUAACGCUAAUUUCGUGAUAAGUUACAAAGAAAGGAAGAAAUUUAUCUGCGCCCAAGGUCCCAUGGAAAACACCGUUUGUGAUUUCUGGCGUAUGAUUUGGGAACAACAUUUACAAAUCGUCUUGAUGUUGACCAACUUGGAAGAAUAUAAUAAAAUGAAAUGCGCCAAGUAUUGGCCCGAUAAAGAAGAAGAAAAGAAAACCUACGCUGAUAUAACGAUUCACUACGUGAGCGAGAAACGAUAUUCGGAUUACGUCGUCCGAGAAUUAAAAAUGGUCCGCGAAGUGGCCGGACAAACUCGUGAACCGGAAGAAAGAAGUAUAUUCCAGUACCAUUUCCUUAUGUGGAAAGAUUUCCAAGCUCCAGAACAUCCCUCCGGUAUAUUAAAAUUCAUAUGGCGUGUCAACGAAGCGUAUUCGUUAGAAAAAGGACCUAUUUUAGUACAUUGCAGCGCCGGUGUCGGUAGAACUGGUACAUUGGUGGCUAUUGAUUCGUUGCUCCAGCAAUUGGACAGCGAGGGCCAGGUGUUAAUAUUCAAUACAAUUUGUGAUCUAAGACAUCAAAGGAAUUUCUUAGUUCAGUCGUUGAAACAAUACAUUUUUGUAUAUAGAGCGUUAGUAGAGUACGCUCAGUUUGGAAACACCGAAAUCAAAGCGAAGAAUUUGAAACCAACGGUAGAAAAAAUGAAACAAUCUGAUAACGGCAAACUGAAAUCUAGACUGGAAGAAGAAUUCGAAAAAUUAACUUUUACUGUAAACUCGCACGAACAUAAAUCAUCAGCGGUCGGUACUGCGCCGGAAAAUGCCACUAAAAAUAGAUCAACCUCAAUCAUUCCGUUCGAUAGAAAUCGAGUGAUACUGACACCCAUUCCAGGACGAGAACAUUCCACGUAUAUUAACGCGUCCUUUAUCGAGGGAUAUGAUAACAGCGAAUCAUUCAUAAUUACUCAAGAUCCGAUAUUAGAUGUAACUGUGGCUGAUUUUUGGCGAAUGAUAUCCGAACAAAAUAUUUCCACUAUUGUCAUGUUGUCAUCUACGUCAUCAUCAGACGGUCAAAAGAAAACAGGCCGAUAUUGGCCCGAUGACGAAACGGUCCACGGCAACAUCAGCGUUAAACAUCUCCAAAGCGAAAGUUGCCCUUACUACACCAGACGUGAAUUCUACAUAGCGAAUGUAAAAACCGAUGAUAAUCUAGUCGUCACUCAAUACCAAUAUAAUGGCUGGCCAACUGUCGAAGGCGAAGUACCUGAGGUUACUCGAGGUCUGAUCGAGCUCAUGGAUCACGCCACUCAGCACGCCGUCAAUGCCGGACCCGGUCCUAUCGUUAUACAUUGCGAACUAGGAUCUGAUCGUAGUUCUAUGUUCGUCGCUUUAAGUAUUCUAGCUCAACAGUUGAAAACUGAACGACGUGUCGAUGUUGUCAACGUCGCGAGAAAGUUAAGGUCUCAGAGGCAAGGAAUGCUGACAGCUUUUGCUCAGUACGAAUUCUUAUAUCGUGCCAUUUUAAAUUAUGUCGAUUUGCAUCACUUAUCCGAUUCUGAAUCGGAUUAAUUCAAUACGCUCGAGUAGCGUGUAAGUUAUAUUUUUUAACGACGAACAUUUUUUCGAGUCUGUAUGUCAAGUAUGUGUUGUUUUUUUCCCUCUCCUUUUCAAAGUUUAAUUACCAUGAUAGCAUUUAAUAGCGAGAAAAAAGGUAAAAUUUUCGCGAGUGUUCUAAUCUUCUUUUUUUUUUAUUAAAAAUCGUUGAAAAAAGGCCUUAUUUUUAAGCAAUAUCGUACCUACCCCCAAUUUCAAUUUAUCGAUUGAUACGAAGAGGAUUUCAAUUCAAUAUUAUAAAUAAACAAAACUGAUCAACGAUCGAAUCGUAUUAAAGUUGUUGUUGCAAGAAAUAUUGCGAUAAAAUAAUACGAAUUUAAUCAGGAAUUAAAAUAAUUUUUCAUUUUUUUACCUUUUUUUUCGAAACACUGCGUGUGUUCUUUUUUUUCUUAAAUUAAGCUUUAUUUUUUUUAGUUGUGUAUUUUAUGUUUUUUAAUGUUAUUUUUAUUAUUCGUGUUUUGUAGUAAUGCUAAUAAUUUCAAACAAUUUUUUUUUAAUAAGUUUGGGAGGGUAAACUAGUCAUAAAUUAGGCUUUUGAUUUUAUUUGAAUUUUUCAAUUUUUUUUUUUGGUUUAUAGCCUAAUUCGAUGUGUUUUUUUUUUAAUUUUUGAGAAAAAAGUUCCUUUUUUUAUGCGUGAAAUCAGCAUUUUAAAUUAUUUUUUUAUUUUCUCUUCGCUGCAUCUUGUUCAUCUGUCAGUACUGCCCAAGUUUAGUAACUUUUAAUGAAUAAUUUCCAUUUUUGCAAGUGGUCAACGAGAUGUAAUGUGGUGAUCUAGUCUUUAGUUGAAUUUAAUAUAUUACUGUUGGUUUAGAGGAAUGAUUUGAUAUAAAAAGGGGGUCUGGGGAUCGGAAUUUAUCAGGGGUUUCGAUCAUUAGAACCUCUUUUAGGUCAUCUCAAUAGAAAAAUGUGAAUUUAAUAUCUAUGUUUAUAUUAACCGUGAGAAAAGUUUAUGUGAUUUCAAAUUAUUUUAUAAUUGUGAUAAUCGUGGCUGGCAGAGAACUUUGUAUGGAGAUGGAGGGGAUGGUAAAGUACAAAAUAGGUACCUCGAAUUGAUCUUCUGUUAUUUAGAUCGAAAGAUGAGUUAAAUAUUCAAAACGUCAUACAUUUUGCAUAAAAUUUGCAUGAAAUAGUCAACCUGAACAUUUAAAAUCAUCGCUUGUUUCGUCGUCUCUAAUUUAUUCUGUUUAUUUUCAUCGUACGAGUUUCACGCGAAAUAGAUGUGUUUUUAUCGACAAAAUCGGUUUUUGCUGCUAGAAGAAUAUUGAAAAAAAGAAAUAACUUGAUCCGAGGAAGCUAAUUAACGAGAAUAAAUUUUCAUUAGCGUGAGAUUUUCUCAGCUCGAAUUAAAUAGGUACAUAUACGAAGCGUUAUUCAUCGUUCGUCAAAAUUUUCCACCACCGUUGUAUAAGAUUAUUUCCUCGAAGUGAUUAUUGCUUUUCGUUUAUAGAAACGUACUUUUAUCGUUUUUAAAACGCAAUUCUAAGAAAUAAUGAUCUC